UAGCACCAGCUUCAAUGGGCAUUACUGGUUAGUUAUAUAUGAAAGGGGAAAAAAGAACGAAGUCUCGUUCACUGCAAAGAUUCGUUCUUUUUAAACGAAUCGUUCACUCACGAGCCAACACUAGUGUACGCGAUAAAACACAAGAUGGCGGAAUCACUCUCUGAUGAGGACUCGGCAGUGGCGGUCAAGCCGGCGCCCAAACGCCGUCGCAUCUUGGACUCUGCGACCAUUGUCCCCGUGCCCAUCUACUCUAAAAAGGUGAACAGCAGCCUGCUACUGAAGAUUCCAGUCUUGACGGAAUAUGAAAGACCAGACAACAGCGAUGUGGACAAACUGUGGUCGCCGACGGCGGGUCAGAAAGAGCUCAGUCUCACCAUCAGCGACUCUGAUGACGAACAGGAAGUAAAGGAAGAAAGUCCCUUGCCGUCUUCUCCCCCUUCCCCAGCAGACAUUCCCUUCCAGAAACGGUCGCGACAUUCAAAGAAAAAGAUAAACGAGGUGGACAGGAAGCUGCGUGCCGUGAACGCCGUCUUCUCCCCCAAUGGUGUAUCCACUAGGGGACGGCGACGUGACCUUCCACAGCAGGAUGCUGACGACGUGAUGAUCAUGACGGAGACUGGGCUGCAGUCAUGUGACCAACAGGUGCUGAAGGUGCGAUGUCGCACUGAUGUCUACAAGUUGCCCGUCACGACGAGCACAUCGGUGGGCCAGAUGCUGAAUCAGUUGGCGGACAUCUUGGGCGUGCCAGCCUUCCGCCUGCGGCUGCUGAGGGGGGAGGCGGAGCUUUCUUCCGAGGCCAAUGUGGGCGACUUGGGCCUGCACAUUGCUGACAUCUUGGAAUGCGUCGUCAUGGCGACGGAUGAGAGCCCGUUCAUCACGGUGCGUCUGCAGGGCAAUGACCGAGAUUCCACGCGGGAGUUCUCCGUGCACAAAGAGGCGGCGCUUGGCGGCAUUUUCUCGCAGUACGUGUCUGCGCUCCCCGACGCCACCAAGCAGAAAGUCAAGUUUCACUUUGACGGCUGCAAGGUGACAGAGGGACAGACGCCGGCGCAGCUGGACAUGGAGGACGGAGACAUCAUCGAGGUGUGGACGUGAUGCCGACACAAAAGCACUGCCACCUUCUUUUGUCAAUGCUGGGAAAACAAAAUCACUGUAUUUUUAAGAACAUUUUGUUUGUAUUCUGGAUGACAUUAAAGACAUUUUUUGGUUAA